AUGUUUGUCUGCAGGUCGGCACCAAGCGUCUUCGUGAGAAGUACCUCGAAGCCGUUCUCCGUCAAGAUAUCACGUACUUCGACAACGUUGGAUCUGGAUAAGUUGCUACCCGUAUUCAGACCGACACUCGUGGCUUUGACCGUCAGUUUCGUCGCCGCCUUCGUCACCGAUUUCAUCCUCGCCUACGCUCAAUCAUGGCGAAUUGCACCUGCGAUGUCCUCGAUCCUCCCCUGCAUGACCAUCGCUGGAGACGUCAUGAAAAAGUUCAUCUCGGCUCAAGUCAUUGGCACCGUUCGAACCGCCGCCCAGGCAUUCGGUACUCAGAGGAUUCUUUCCGGCCAGUACGAUAACCACGUCAACAAGGCUCUUACCGUCGAUCUCAAGUCUGCCAGUUGGCAUGGAAGUGGUCUUGCCUUCUUCCUCAUCAAUCAGGGACAGGCCACCGCUAGAUCCUUCGUCAACGUCUUCCUCGCCAUCUUGAUUGGUUCCAUCUCUCUCACUUUGCUCGCUCCUGAAAUUCAAGCCCUCACUCACGGUUGCGGAGCUGCUGCCAAGCUAUAUGAGACGAUCGACCGUGUUCCAGAUAUCGACUCGUACGAUGAGGGAGGUCUCAAGCCCGAAACUGUCAUUGACGAGAUCACCAUCGAGAACAUCUUCUUCGCUUAUCCAUCCAGGCCCACCGUCCAAACCGCUACCCUCGUUAGUGCCUCUGGCUCUGGCAAAUCAACUUCCAUCUCCCUCAUUGAACGCUUCUACGACCCCAACGAGGGUGCUGUCAAGCUUGCCGGCAGCGACCUCAAGGAUCUCAACCUUAGAUGUCUCCGUUCGCAAAUUGGAUUGGUGUCGCAAGAGCCCACCCUAUUCGCCACCACCAUCCGAGGCAACGUCGCCCACGGUCUCAUUGGCACCAAGUGGGAAAAAACUUCUGAAGAGGAACAGUUCAAGCUCAUCAAGGAUGCCUGCGUCAAGGCCAACGCAGGCGGCUUCAAGUCGCCCAACGGACACGACACGAUGAUUGGCGAACGCGGUUUCUUGCUGUCUGGUGGUCAGAAGCAACGUCACGUUGCUAUCUUUGUUCCCCCCAAUGACAUCGCAGAGGUCAUGCUUGAUCUCUUUCCUCGCCUCACAAACGUCAAAGAACUCGAAAUUCGCAGUCCGCCCAUAGCCCCACACAAAGCCGUAAUAGAAAUCAUGAUCGCCCGCGAAGGAAACGCCAAAAUCUUCGGCAUCCCUCGCCCCGACCAAACUUUGGCGAUGCCAGCGCUUAAAGUGUUGAUCUUGAAAUCGGAUUAUCGCUGGAUACACCUCGGCCUUGGUCGUUCCACGAAGAAAUUGGUCAUAGAACGACCUCUGACAGCUCUCCAAUGGGACCAUCUGCUGAACUAUCUCGAUGGGAUUUGGACGGGGAUAGGCGUCAAUCCAUGGCUGGCGGUCACUGAUCUCACUAUAACCAUCAAUUGGUUUGUAUGGAAUGCACCCAAAUGGCUAGGGAAACUGGGAAACAAUUUGGUGAACAUCACUCAAUUAACUAUCUUCCAGAAGUGGUGCCCCAUUCCCGACUUCAUCUCCAAAAUGGCAUCAGAUUCAACCAUGUUUCCACGUCUAGAACAACUUAAUCUAAAUCCAGGACAGUUCCAGUAUCUCUCUUGCACAAAGGAAACCGCUGAACAAAUGAAGAAGAUGUGA